CGGUACGGAAACCGGCCACCUGGCGGCCGGCGGCCCAAGCUGCGGGCACGCGCCCGCCAGACGCUUCAUCUGGGCGGGCUCGCCGGCAAGUGGGCGCAGUUGGUGUCCAUCCGAGCUCCUGUGCACCGGCCACCUCCUCCUCGCCGCAGCCGCCGUGACACACCGAUACAACUAUGGCCUCCUUCAGAGUUCUGUUCGUGCUGGCGCUGGCCGCCACGACCCUCGCAGUUCCGAUGGCGCGUCCGUCGGCCAUCGAGGCCACCGUUCAUGACGUCACGGACGGCGCAGAAGCCUGUUAUCACAACGGCGAAACGUACGAGGAUGGCAGUCGGAUCGAGGACCCGAGCGAUCCGUGCGCAGUGCGCUUCUGCGUGGGCGGCAGCGUUCGCAGCACGGCGCUGCAGUGCAUCGUGCGGGACGACUGUGAGCCGCGCCACCUGGCGGGCCUCUGCUGUCCCAGCUACGACCACUGCGCCUCGCUCGGCAAGUUCCCGCAGGGUGCGGCCGAGCCGUACCAACCCGAGGACGACGACCCGGAAGUAGUCGCGGCCGCCGAGGAGGUGAAGGCCGCUGCCGAAGAGGCCGCUGACGAGGCCGAAGAGGCCGCUGAUGAGGCCGCCGAGGAGGCCAAGGCCGAGUCUGAAGAGGAGGAGGCCGACUCGGAGGGCAGCGGGCUCGAGGCCGACGAGUCCGACGAGGCUGACGACGACUCGUUUGCUGCGCAGCUGGUGUUCGACGAGGACGCCAUCGAGGCCAGCGGCGUGGUCGCCGACGACGCCGAGCACGUGGAGGGCUCCGGCGUCGUGGCCGACUUUGCCCGCACCGCGGCGCUCCAGGAGCCGAUCGAGGCGUCCGGCGCGCCGGCACAGGACGACGCCGAGGCUGUCGAGGGAUCCGGCGCCGACUACCAGUUCGACGGAGCCGCGAGCGAGCAGCUGCGCUUCGCCCUGGAGGGGUCUGGCGAAGUGGCCUUUGACGCGGUGGAGGGAUCCGGCCGACGGGUCAGUCUAGACGAGACCUCUGAGCCGCUGCUGCUGGAAGCGUCCGGUGAGGCGGCACUCGACGACGCCGAGGGUUCGGGCAUCUCGCACGAGCCCGAGCUGGGAAUCGAGGGCGAGGACCUGCUGAGCAGCAAGUAGAUGCGCGCCAGUCGGUCGGCACCAGCCUUCACCGGAGUGAGCCGUCCGGCCGGUGGGCAGACUUGCCCGAGCCGCCGCGCCCCCGGUCCAAUCAGGAGACACAAAACUGUGGCAUUACACGCGCGUCCGGUCGGUUUGUGAUACAUACAUGUCCGCUGUUUCACGUGCGUUGCAUGGGCGUUGACACACUAAAGCUAAUAUUUAUUUUUGUGAGUCGCGCAAGGCCUUCGGCGGCUUAGGAGAGCCACUGCGGUCGCCCACCACUUGGGAAUGCGUCCGAACAACGCGGCUGCCAGACCGGCCAGUACCGCGGCCCCGUGUCCCUGUCCGCCAGUGGGAGACAGCACUGUCUCCAAGUACAUCUUCCAGUGGUACACGGUUCGGGGUGGACGAUCUUCCGCCAGAGAUGAACCAUUCCCUUAGCGCCAUUCCUCCAAACUGUGCAUCAAUUAGCGACGGUUAGCCAGCAUCAGGUGUUGUGUGCAAUCAAAGACUGUAGCUGCUUUGGCUUCAUUCCACGAGGUGAAACGUGGUCCAAUAAAAGGCGACAAAGGA